AAGAAGCUUGAAAGGGGCUUGCAACGUAUUCCAAUCAAAGACGACGGGACUUGAGCCUUCUGGAAAAGUGGUGCCCCUCUCUCCCUUAUCCAUCGGUCCACCCAUGAGGCGACUCUCUUACCCUUCUACCUUUCAUAUUAAAUACCUCUUCUUUCAACUUCCUAGAAAUCCCACUUCCUUCAAAUCUCUCUUUCUACAUCCUUGUCUAUUUUAUUUAUGUUAGCCUUUUAGAGUCGUUGAGUGUGUAAUUUAAUAUACAGCAAGCUUCAGGAAAUUUUACUUACAACGCCAACUUUACACGAUGCAACAUAAUAGGGGGUGUCGAUGAGAAGUGUUGGGGAAAAGCUGGUGAUUUAGAAAAGAAAGAAUAUAUUGAGAACUAGUAUGUCGGGAUCUCAUUUCAAAAACGAGAAGAGAUGUAAGGAACAUAGUUAUAACUUUGCAUGCCCACUCUCUUCUCGACAAAUGGAGUCUUUGGUUGCCUUAUGUGACACAUUAUUACCAUCAAUUAAAGUUUCUAAAGAUCAUGUUGAUGGUUCACUUGUCAAACUUUACCAGACUUCAGCUUCCAUGACUGGAACUCCAAAUCAAGUUGCGAUGAUGAUGCUAUUGAAGACAGAGCACCCGAAGCAAAUCUUGAUUCGGUUGACCUUAUGGUUCUUAUCAACAGUAAUCGGAACGUUGAUUCUUUGCGGAAGGGAAAGUUUGUCAAAUAACUUUCCUUACAUACAAAAAUUCUCUAGGGUUUCAACCAAGAAAAGAGAAAAAAUAUUGUAUUCAUGGUCUCUCAGCUACUUUUUUCUCCUGAGAAUGUUUUUCCGUGCCCUCAAAUUCGUCGUUCCAUUGGCUUUCUUCACUCAGGUAAAUGAAAAGAAUGAAAACCCUUCUUGGAAAGCCUUGAAUUAUUGUGGACCUGAUCCUUAUUUGAUUCAACCCAUCCAUCAUAAUCUCAACACAGAAAACAUUUUUGGCCCGCUUUACAAAGGCGUUAUCUACCUGAAUAAACCCAUACGAGUCGUUGCAGAAGCCCUGCAGAGAUCGAGACUAGGCAUCUCAGUUCCCCGUCACCCAGCCAGAUUCUACAAGAAUCCCAAACUUCCAUCAAUGAUCAUCAAAUGUGAUGCAGUAGUAGUUGGCUCAGGCUCCGGCGGUGGUGUAGUUGCCGGCAUUUUGUCUAAAGCCGGCUACAAAGUUCUUGUAUUGGAGAAAGGGAACUAUAAUGCAAGAAGUAAUCUUUCUCUUCUUGAAGGUCCAUCCAUGGAAGAGAUGUACCUUGGAAAAGGAUUGUUAGCUACAAGCAACAUGGAAGCUGUGAUACUUGCUGGCUCCACAGUAGGUGGAGGCUCAUCGAUUAACUGGUCGGCAUCGAUCAAAACCCCACAACAUGUACUGAAAGAAUGGUCGGAAUGUUAUGAGUUAGAGUUGUUUCAAAGUAGACUAUAUGAAGAAGCCAUGAGUGUUGUGUGCGAGAGGAUGGGUGUUCAAUCUAAAGUGGAAGACGAAGGAUUCAAUAACAUGAUUUUAAGGAAAGGAUGCGAGGAAUUAGGUUAUCCAAUAAAUAAUAUCCCUAGAAACUCACCACCCAAUCACUACUGUGGGUGGUGCUGCUUUGGCUGCAAAGAUGGAAGAAAGAAAGGUACCUCUGAGACAUGGCUCGUGGACUUGGUGGAAUCCGGUAAUGGUGCAAUUCUACCCGGAUGUGAGGCUCUAAAAGUUGUGCAUGAUCAAAAGAAAGGAAGGUAUAGGAGAACAGCCAAAGGGGUCAUCUUCGAGUUCCUAAACCAAGACGGAUCUAGAGAAAUUUGUUUGGCCGAGUCAAAAGUAACCAUUGUCGCAUGUGGGGCUAUGUGUACCCCACAACUCCUUAAGAGAAGCGGGUUGAAGAAUCCCAACAUCGGCAAGAACUUACAUAUUCAUCCUGUGGCAAUGGCAUGGGGUCACUUCCCUUCAGAGAGGUGGCCGGAAGUCGAAAAAAAAAGCUACGAAGGAGGAAUAAUGAGUGUCAUGUCCACCGUGGUUGCAGACUUCAAGGGGUCAGGAUACGGUGCUAUCAUACAAACACCAUCACUGCAUCCUGGUAUGUUCUCGGCACUAAUGCCUUGGGUUUCAGGUUGGGACUUCAAGACACGGAUAUCUAAGUUCUCAAGAACAGCCCAUAUAUUUGCAUUGGCAAGAGACAAGGGUUCCGGGGAAAUAGGACCGAAGACUUCGAUUACUUACCAGAUGGACAUCACAGAUGAAGAGAACCUGAAGAGAGGACUAGAGAAAUCACUAAGGAUACUUGCAGCUGCUGGAGCAGAAGAGAUAGGAACCCAACACAACAAAGGGAGAACAAUACAUGUCAAGAAUGCGAGUCAUCAUGAGUUCGAAAGGUUUGUGAGAGAGGAAAGCUCAAGGGUGUUGAGUGAUCUAUCAACACCUCUAUGUUCGGCACAUCAAAUGGGGAGUUGUCGAAUGGGUGUUGAAGCAAAAGGGUCUGCUGUGAAUCCGAUGGGAGAGACAUGGGAGGUGGAAGGGCUAUAUGUUGCUGACACGAGCGUUUUCCCAACAGCAUUGGGUGUGAAUCCAAUGGUCACAGUCCAGGCUAUUGCUUAUUGCACCGCUCAGUCUGCUGAGUCACUUAGAAGAAUGAAGGAUACGAGAUACCCUAUGUUAUGUUAAAAUAAAGUUAAUAAUUUAACAGUUUGGUUUGUGAUUAAAUGCUAUAAGUAAUGUGAUUUGGAUAUAAGAUGUAUAAUAAGAGUUUGUCGGUCAAUAAAUCUAUUACGAUAAUAUUCUCAAA